AUGCAACCCAUCCCAGCCCUUCUGACCACUCUGCUGCUGCUGCCCCUGGCGCUCCUCGGACAGCCUCAGCCUCGUCCUCUGACAAGUCUCUUUAGAGCAGCCUUCCUCUGUCUCACAGAGCAUCCAGGAAAGUCUGAUUCCAGUUAUGGGAGUUUCAGCCAGAUUCAGCCAGUAGGUAGGAUAAAGCUGGCAAAAUAUGUGCCAGGCUCUGUCGAUAAGAAUGGCAUAUGCCAUUGUGUGGUUUACCUGCCCAGCAACCUCAUCCCUUUGAAGCAGAUGGAACAGCUACUGAGUACAGCCCAGGAGCUCAUGGGAAAGUAUGAGCAGGAGCUGUCCAGGAUCAGUGAAUAUGCACACGCCAUUGAAGAUCAGGAUAACCAGGUCCUGGAAAUGAACCACGCCCUGAAGUUCAGGAAUCCUACUGACCUUGCUGCCUCCUAUGAGUCCCCAGCCUUCAACCUGCUGCGCCUGGAGCUGGAGGGAGCACAGGAGUUGGCAGCACAGCUUAAGGCUAAGGGAAGGGUUAGUACAGCAGGCGACCUCCUGUACCAACUCCAGAGCCAGGUGGCUAAUGCCAGUCUCACACUCAAGCUUCUGGCUGACUCUGACCAGCGCAGCUUCCGUACUCUCCGCCGGGAGGUGGAUGUCCUUGAGAGCCGGCUAAGCGAGUGUGAGCGGGAGAAGGAGAAAGAGGCCUCCAGAAACUCCAGCCCAUUCCUGCCCCCAGGCUCUUGUGCCCAUGGAGGCCUCCAGAAAGUCAGCAGACCCCUUGUGGUGCAGCUCAAUUGGAGAGGUUUCUCUUACAAGGCAGGGGCCUGGGGCCGAGACUCAGCCGCCAACUCAUCCUCUACCCUGUACUGGGUGGCUCCUCUGCGUACAGAUCGUAGGUACUUUGACUACUACCGACUGCACAAAUCCUAUGAUGACCUGGUACUGCUGAAGAACUAUGAGCAGUGGAAGAUGGGCUAUGGUGAUGGCAGUGGCAAUACUGUGUACAAGAACUUCAUGUACUUUAACUACUAUGGCACAGAUGAAAUGGCCAAGGUGGACCUUUCUUCCAACAGCCUGGUUCUGCGGCGCCCGUUGCCAGGUGCCACCUACAACAACCGCUUCUCCUAUGCUGGUGUGCCCUGGAAGGACUUAGAUUUUGCUGGUGAUGAGAAAGGGCUGUGGGUGCUCUAUGCUACGGAGGAGAGCAAGGGCAACCUGAUUGUGAGUCGCCUCAAUCCCAAUACCCUAGAAGUGGAGGAAACCUGGCGUACCAGCCAGUACAAACCAGCUCUGUCAGGGGCCUUCAUGGCCUGUGGGGUGCUCUAUGCCUUACGCUCUCUGAGCACCCGCCAAGAGGAGAUCUUCUAUGCUUUUGAUACCACCACUGGGCAGGACCACCAUCUCAGCAUCCUGCUGGAUAAGAUGCUAGAAACACUGCAGAGCAUCAACUAUUGCUCCUCAGAUCACAAGCUGUAUGUCUACAAUGAUGGCUACCUUGUCAAUUAUGACCUCAGUUUCCAGACACUGAAGAGCAGGCUACCAAAGCCACCAGCCAAAAGGCCAUCUGGGGCCAAGACUCCACUCAAUGCUGUCAAACCCAAUAAGCCCCACAGGCCUUGA